AUGUCAUCCAAUGGCAUCGACAAGCUCGAAUUGGGCAUCACCGAGGAUAUCAACCUUGGUUCAAUCCAAGGCCACUUCGCUAACGCCAAUCCUCCGCCUCCACCCAUCACUGCCCUGCCUCCUCCGUCUAAUGGCGCCGUUCUAGGUCUCUUCUCCUUCGGGUCUACAACUAUUAUCCUUUCUUUAUACAACGCCCAUGCUAGUGGAAUCACCAUCCCCAACGUGGUAGUCAGCAUGGCUCUAUUCGUUGGUGGUGUAUCCCAGUUUACAGGCGGGAUUAUCGAGUUCUGCCGCAGGAGCACCUUCACCGGAUCAGUCUUCUGUAUCUAUGGAGCGUUCUGGCUGUCGUAUGGAGCUAUCCUGCUUCCGGGAACUGGCAUUACGGCCGCCUAUGAAGGCGAAGCCGACAUGCUUGGUGAUGCCCUCGGUAUUUACCUCGUCGUAUGGUCCAUCGUCACCGUUAUGUUCUUGAUUGUCGCGCUCCGAAAAACUGUGGCCUUGAUAUUCGUAUUGGCUGUCCUAGCUUUGACCUUCCUUCUACUCGGUAUAGCCGAGUUCACUGGAAAUGCAGCUGUUGCAAAGGCGGGAGGCAUUAUGGGUGUCAUCCCGGGCUUUGGUGCAUUUUACAUUGGUCUUGCCGACUUAUUGGCCGCGGAUCCCUUCCCACCUUUCCUUUUGCCUCAGGGUGUUAUAAAACACUAA